AUGGCUUUCACUCCUCGUGGCCGUGGUGGUCCCCCUGGACGCGGUGGUGGUCGUGGUGGUGGUCGUGGUGGCUUCGGCGGUGGUGGCUUCGGCGACCGUGGUGGUGGCUUCGGCGGUCGUGGUGGUGGCCGUGGUGGUCCUCGCGGUGGUCGUGGCGGUCCUCCUGGCCGUGGUGGCCGUGGUGGCCCCCGUGGUGGUCGCGGUGCUCCCCGUGGUGGCCGUGGUGGUGCCCAGGGCGCCCGUGGUGGUGCUAAGGUCAUCAUUGAGGGUCACCGUCACGCCGGUGUCUUCGUUGCCCGUGGUGGUAAGGAGGAUCUCCUUGUCACUAAGAACCUGACCCCCGGUGAGGCUGUGUACGGCGAGAAGCGCGUCUCUGUCGAAUCCCCUGCCGGUGAUGAUGGUGCUGUCACCAAGGUCGAGUACCGUGUGUGGAACCCCUUCCGUUCCAAGCUGGCUGCUGGUAUUCUGGGUGGCCUGGACAACAUCUACAUGAAGCCCGGUGCCAAGGUUCUCUACAUCGGUGCUGCCAGCGGUACAUCUGUCUCUCACGUUGCCGAUAUUGUCGGCCCCACCGGUAACGUCUAUGCCGUUGAGUUCUCUCACCGUUCUGGCCGUGACCUGAUUGGCAUGGCUACUCACCGCACCAACGUUAUCCCCAUUGUUGAGGAUGCCCGUCAUCCUCUUCGCUACCGCAUGCUCGUCCCCAUGGUCGAUGUCAUCUUCGCCGAUGUUGCUCAGCCCGACCAGGCCCGUAUCGUUGGUCUGAACGCUCACAUGUUCCUGAAGGAGGGCGGUGGUGUCCUGAUCUCUAUCAAGGCCAGCUGUAUCGACUCCACGGCUGCCGCUGAGGUCGUGUUCACCCGCGAGGUCCAGAAGAUGCGUGAGGAGAAGAUCAAGCCCAAGGAGCAACUGACCCUGGAGCCCUUCGAACGUGAUCACUGCAUUGUUGGCGGUAUCUAUACUCGUGCUACAUAA